GAGCUGAACAAGAGGCAGACCCAGAAGGACCUGGAGCACGCCAUGCUGCUGCGCCAGCAUGAGUCCAUGCAAGAGCUGGAAUUCCGGCACCUCAGCACCAUCCAGAAGAUGCGCUGCGAACUCAUUCGGCUGCAGCACCAGACCGAGCUGACCAACCAGCUGGAGUACAACAAGCGCCGGGAGAGGGAGCUGAGGCGGAAGCACGUCAUGGAGGUCCGGCAGCAGCCCAAGAGCCUGAAGUCCAAGGAGCUUCAGAUCAAGAAACAGUUCCAGGACACCUGCAAGAUCCAGACCCGGCAGUACAAGGCCCUGCGGAACCACCUGCUGGAGACCACGCCCAAGAGCGAGCACAAGGCCGUGCUGAAGCGGCUGAAGGAGGAGCAGACCCGCAAGUUGGCCAUCCUGGCCGAGCAGUACGACCACAGCAUCAACGAGAUGCUCUCCACGCAAGCGGUGAGGAUUCUGGACUGGGGGGGCAGUUCUAGCGGGGUCUCUGGGGCAGCCUUUCUCAACCUUGGCCCCUUUAAGAAUUUCCCAGCCAGCAAUUGGGGAGUUCUGGCAGUGGAAGCCCACCCCUCUUAA